AUGGCCAAAGAGCUUCAGCAUCGUUACACAGAUGUCCGAGAAGUAUUAAACACUGCAGCUGCCCUUGAUGCAAGAUUCAAGACCCUGCCCUUUCUGUGUGAAGAGGAGAGGGAUGCCACAUUCAAGAAUAUCAUAAAUGAGGCUACACAGCUGUGGGACCAAAAAGAAGACACACAGGCUCAUGAUGGCACUGCGAUGGAGGAAACUCACACACCACACCCAUCUGAAGAGGCAUGUGAUCAUGAGCUCCAUGCUUCAGAAUACGUUCCUGUCGCAAAAAAAACCAAAGCAAUGGAGGACCUGUUUGGGGACACAUACACCACUGUGAGCAGCAGCUUUACGAAAACAUCCAAGCAGCGGGCAGAGAUGGAAGGGGGGUGGGGGGGGGGUGUUCGGGCUAGGCCUGGGGGGCCUGGGUCUUUUCCUGUGUCCCCGUCCUGCCGCUCCUGUCUCCUGUGUGCACAGGGGGACCAGUUGGCGCUGAAGCAGUGGGCGUGUUCGCGCACGCAAUCAGCGCACGCGCAUAUAGCCUGGAGGAUAGGUGCACGCGCUCUCUCUGCGCGCUCCUGA